AUCCCUAAAUUAGCCUGCCUCCACUUCUUUACAUUCACUUCUCGAAUAAGUUCGACUCCUCAUCCCUUCCCUCUGUGGCCUUUAUCUUCGCAAUCAUCCCCUCAUGUAUUCCUACCGUUUCCCAAAAUUCCCCUUUUCCCGUUAACUUCCGCCGCGUGCGUCCUUCACUAAGUACCCUCAUCUCUCUAGCUGAGUUCUGCAGAUAUUGCUUGGUUUCUCCCUUUACGGGGAACGAAGGAGCCCAUAUUUGGCAUCUGAGCCGGAGAGAGUCCUCUUCGGAUUUCGGGGCUGGGGUUAUUAUCUAAGUUUUUUUUUUUUUUUAAUGAAUCGCUUUUAUACACAGGAAAUUGUUGCAAUCUGUGUUUGGAUUUUCGGAGCUUUGAGUUCUCGCCAGCAGGAUUGAAUUUCAUAGGUCCGCUCGGUGCGCCGUUGGCGAAAUAUUGGUAUCUUCUCUAGAAGUUCAGUUGAUCAAAAAAAUCUAGGUUUCGAUAAUAUCUCUCUCUGCAGCAUGAUAUGAAAGAGUAAAGAUGAAGAGAGGCAAAGAUGAUGAGAAGCUCGUGAGGCCAAUGUUCCCUAGAUUGCAUGUCAAUGAUACGGAAAAGGGUGGUCCAAGAGCACCGCCGAGGAAUAAGAUGGCCCUCUAUGAACAGUUUAGUAUUCCAUCUCAAAGGUUCAACCCAGGCGUUCAGCCACUUAACCCUGUUAGUUCUAGUAACACAGUCUCCCUGGCAUCCUCAAGCCAGAGGACUGUUCCUGAGAGAAACCAUAUCCUUCCUGUUCAUUUACCUCCACAAACACCUACUUAUCAAGAUGAAAAUAAUAUUUCUCAUCAAUCUGAUGUGGCAAAUCAGAACCCGUCGAUGUCAAAACCUGAGCAAAGAAAAAAGGUAGAUGAAGAUGACUUUAGGGUUCCUAUGUAUAUGAAUGCAAGAGUUGGUCAAUCUAACGAUAAUACUCAGAAGACUUUUGAUGGAAGAAAAUUCACUGCCAUAGGCCCUCGAUAUUUCGGUUGUGCAGUAGAAGUGCAAAAUGAUUGUGACAGGGAUCCCAAACAGUUUGGCUUCCCAUACGUCAAUAUAAGAAAAGACGUGAGAUGUGAGGGUAAUGUUCUUUCAAAUGAAAGCCCAAGUAGGGACCUGCCAGUAAAAUCUGCCAGGAACAUUUUAAAUGGAGAAAAUAUUGACGGUCUUGCCAGGCAAGACAAUGCGACUGGAAAUCAAGAGUAUCAGGAUCAGAAUUGUCCUGGAUCAAGGUUUGGCAGAUUGCAUCAGGCUGAUGCUUGCCCACAACAGGAUCUUGAAGCUGUGUCUCUAUGUAAUAACGCCAGAAGCAGUGAUGGUCUUGUUCGCCCUUCAAGUGAUACAGAAAAGGGAGACGUCCCUUUACUGAGAGGCUGCUUUCAUUCUACUGCUGAUCAAGAUAGUCCAGUUGAGGCUAUUGAUGACACAGAGUGUCAUGAUACCAGGCGGACAGGUCUGAUGAAGAAAAAUUGGGACAAAAGUGACAAUGUUUCCAAGAUCUCCAUGGUAGAUAAUUUGUUAAGCCAAGAAAUUUCUCCUGAUGAUGUUGUGGAGAUAAUAGGUCAAAAACAUUUCUGGAAAGCAAGAAGAGCUAUUGUCAAUCAACAGAGAGUGUUUGCAGUCCAGGUGUUUGAGUUGCACAGACUCAUAAAGGUCCAACAACUGAUUGCUGGAUCACCAGAUAUUUUGCUUGAGGAUGCUUUUCUGGGAAAACCUCCUUUAGAGGGAUCUGCUCCCAAAAAACACACAUUGGAAUAUGUUAUGAAACCUCAGCAACAAGAUCUCAAGUGUAAAGACAACUCUGAAAAGCGUAACCAUAACAUGGAAUGUUCUGCGGAGAAUGCAGUUGGGAAAACAUCUCUUUCAUCUGUGAAAAAUGGUAGCCACCUUUCGAAUUACACCGCCUUUUUUGGAAACUCCCACCAGGUAAAUAAUCCUUGGUAUUUACACCAGCCACCUGGGCAUCAGUGGUUAGUUCCUGUGAUGUCUCCUUCUGAGGGGCUUGUCUACAAGCCAUAUCCUGGACCUGGAUUCACGGGAACAGCUUGUGGAGGGUAUGGACCUUUUGGGCCAGGGCCUCUGGGAGGUGCUUUUAUGAAUCCUGCCUACGGAGUCCCAGCUUCUCAUCAAGGCUUAGGGGUUCCAACGGACACACCUCCAAGCAGUAAUGCUUACUUUCCUCGUCAUGAUAUGCCAGUUAUGGCUCCAGCGAUGUCUGGGUCAGCUGUUGAGCAGAAGAACCAUUUUGCUGGGCCAGGGCCUCAUGGUAAAAAUGGUCAUUUGUCUGGUAAAGAAGCUAACUGCAACAGCAAUAGCAACAGCAAUGCUCGUCAAAGCUCUUGUAAUUUGCCCUCAGUUCAGAAGAGUAGAACUAUAUCACGGUCACAGGUCAAGAAAUUUCAGGCAUCUAAGGCUAGUGAGUUACAAGGAAGCACAGCGAGUAGUCCUGGUGAAAUGGCACAAAGAAUCACCAGCACGAGUCAAAUUGAAGGAAGGGAUGCACUUCCUCUUUUUCCAAUGGCUUCUCCAGUUUUUCCAGAGACAGAGGCAGAGAGAGCCCCUCACUCUCUGCCUCUCCUAGAGACCAGACAGCAAACGCGAGUGAUCAGGGUUGUGCCUCACAACCCCAGAUCUGCAACGGAAUCAGCUGCUAGAAUUUUCAAGUCAAUUCAAGAAGAGAGACGACAGUUUGACACUGUAUAGUGACCUUCGUCUAAGUCAGUAUGCUACAGUGGAUUGAGCCCCUGUAUUCUUAAGGGCCAUUUGGUAUAUGAGAAAGGAUUUGAGAAGAGGGAAAAUGUGAGGGAAUUUUUUUUAUGUGCGAUAAAUGACAAAUUGCCUUUCUUUUUUUUUUGGGGGGGGGGGGGGACACUUCCCAUAUUUGUAGCAGAGAAUUUUCUCAUUCCCAUUCUCUUUCUCAUUCCAUUUUGUACCAAAAGGGCCCUUUGGAGUAUGAUGACAUCCUAUAGCGGAUAUAUUUCCCCUUGGUUUUGGUCGCGCUACAAUAUAUUUGUAUGUAGAUAUCUAUGCAAUGUUUAAAACUAGUCAAAUGUAAUAUUAUUAGCAUAGUGUCUUCAUA